AUGAGUGAAGAAUUAAAAUCAUUAAUCCAACCACACAUUGAUUCAUUUGAUUUUUUUACAGAUCAUGGUAUAGAUUUAGUAUUAAAAGAUAGUGAACCAUUAUAUUUUGAACAUAAUAGUACUCAAUAUAAAAUCAGAUUUACAGAUUUGAAACUUUCAAGACCAACACGUAAUAUUGUUGAAAAAGAGAUUAAAUUAUAUCCAAAUGAAUCAAGAGAAACCGGUACAACUUAUAAUGCACCAUUUAAAGGUGCAAUUGGUUUAUAUGAAGUUAAUGAAAUGGAUGAGAUGGAUGACGGUACAGAGGUAGAUUAUAAUAAACAAGAGCCAACUCAUACAUUUGAGGUUGAUUUAGGUCGUUUACCAAUUAUGGUGAAGUCAAGAUAUUGUCACCUCAAUGGCAUGUCACCAGAGAAAUUAAUUGAAAGUAGAGAAGAGGAAUUGGAGCAAGGUGGUUAUUUCAUUGUCAAUGGUAAUGAAAAGGUUGUACGUAUGUUGGUCAUGACAAAAGCAAAUCAUCCAGUUGCACUUCACAGAAAAGCAUGGACAAACAGAGGUCCAGGUUACACUAAAAAUGGUAUUACCAUUCGUUGUGUUCGUCCAGAUCGUUCAUCAAUUACAAACAAUCUUCAUUAUAUCAAUGAUGGUCAAACUACAUUACGUUUCUUAUAUCGUCGUCAAGAAUUCUUUUUACCUGCUACUCUCCUCUUAAAAGCAUUAAAAGAUACCACUGAAAAGGAAAUCUAUGAAAAUAUCGUUCAAGGUGAUAAUGAAAAUACUUUUCUCACUGAUCGUGUUGAAUUAUCACUUCGUGAACAAAAAAUUAAUAAUAUUAACACUCAAGAAGAAGUUUUAGAUUAUAUUGGUUCACGUUUUAGAGCUCGUACUCAAUUCCCACCUUCAUUUUCAAAUAUUAAAAUUGGUAGAUGGUUUAUUAAUCAAUUUGUUUUUGUUCAUUUACCAAAUUAUAAUGAUAAAUAUAAUUUAUUAAUUUUAAUGAUUCAAAAAUUAUAUGCAAUGGUUGGUGGUAAAUGUGGUACAGAUAAUAUUGAUUCACCAGCAUUCCAAGAAGUUUUAUUAGCUGGUCAUAUUUAUGGUAUGAUUUUAAAAGAGAAAUUAACAGAAUAUUUAGAAUCUACAAAAUCAUUUGUUUUAAAGAGUUUUGAAGAUAAAAAGAAAUCUGGUGAUAAAUUGCCAGAUGCACUUAAAAAAGUAUUAGAUAAAAACUUUAAAAUAGCUGAUAGAUUUAGUUAUUUCUUAGCAACUGGUAAUCUUAGAUCAAGUUCUGGUAUUGAUUUACAACAAACAUCAGGUUUUUGUGUUAUUGCAGAUAAAUUAAACUUUUUAAGAUUUAUUUCACAUUUUAGAUCAAUUCAUAGAGGUGCAUUUUUUGCAACAAUGAAAACUACAGCAAUUAGAAAGUUGAUGCCAGAAAGUUGGGGCUUUUUCUGUCCAGUACAUACACCAGAUGGUGCACCAUGUGGUUUAUUGAAUCAUUUAUCAUCAAAUUGUUUGGUUACAGUUGAUGCAGCACAAGAUCCAACUGUUCAAAAGGCACAAACAUUAUUACCAUCAUUUUUAGCAGCACAUGGUAUGUUACCAAUUGAUAUGGUUAGUGUUUAUCAACAUCAAUAUCUCACUAUUACAUUGGAUGGUCGUGUAUUGGGUAAGAUUGAACCAAAAGCAGGUGAAGAGAUGGUUAAAAUGUUACGUUAUCUUCGUUCAAUGGGUAAUGAACCAUCAAUUCCAAAAACCAUGGAAAUUUCAUAUGCACCACCAACCAACGUUGAAAAUGGUCAAUAUUCAGGCAUUUCAUUGUUUACAACUGGUGCACGUUUCAUGAGACCAGUAGUCAAUUUGACAAGUGGUCAAAAUGAAUUGAUUGGACCACAAGAACAACUAUAUAUGGAGAUUGCUGUUGUACCACAUGAAGUUAUCAAAGGUGUUACAACUCAUAUUGAAACUUCACCAACUGCUAUGUUUUCAUUGUUGGCAAAUCUUACACCAUUCUCUGACUACAAUCAAUCACCACGUAAUAUGUAUCAAUGUCAAAUGGCAAAACAAACUAUGGGUACCCCAUUACAUUCCUAUCCAUUCCGUACCGAUAAUAAAUUAUACAAGGUUCAAAAUGUACAAAAACCAAUCGUACACACUAAAAAUCAAUUCAAAUUCCGUUGUAAUGAUUAUCCACACGGUUGUAAUGCUGUUAUUGCCGUAAUUUCAAAUACUGGUUACGAUAUGGAAGAUGCUAUGAUUAUUAAUAAAUCCGCUUAUGAACGUGGUUUUGGUCAUGGUUCCGUUUACAAGAAUGAAUACAUCGAUUUGGAUCAAGGUUUAUCACGUUUUGAACAAAAGAAAACAUUUUUUGGUCGUCCAAAUACAGUUGUAGAUGAAUUGGAUAAAUUUAUUGAUACCGAUGGUCUUCCAUUCGUUGGUCGUUUAAUUAAACCUGGUGAACCAUAUUAUACCUAUAUUCGUCCAUCCGAUGGUAGACAAGUCACCAAAGAUUACAAAGGUAAAGAAGAAGCUUAUAUUGAAGAUGUUCGUAUCAUUUUCGGUCCAAAUGGUGCAACUCGUGAUCCAUCUAAAAUCAAUAACAUUUGUGUUAAAUUACGUUUCAAUCGUAAUCCUGUCAUUGGUGAUAAAUUUUCCUCUCGUCAUGGUCAAAAAGGUGUUCUUUCCCAAUUAUGGCCAGAAAUUAAUAUGCCAUUCACUGAAAGUGGUAUGAAACCAGAUGUAAUUAUCAAUCCAAAUGCUUUCCCAUCACGUAUGACCAUUGGUAUGUUGGUAGAGAUUUUAGCCGGUAAAGCUGGUGCAAUCCAUGGUAAAUUCCAAGAUGCCACCGCUUUCCAAUUCGAUGAAAACAAUACAGCCAUCGAUUUCUUUGGUGAACAAUUGGCAAAGGCAGGUUUCAAUCGUUUUGGUAAUGAACAAAUGUAUAGUGGUACCACUGGUAAAGAAUUUGAAUGUGAAAUCUUUUUCGGUGUUUGUUACUAUCAAAGAUUACGUCAUAUGGUUAAAGAUAAAUAUCAAGUACGUGCUCUCGGUAAAGUUAAUGCUUUAACUCGUCAACCAAUUAAAGGUCGUAAGGUUGGUGGUGGUAUUCGUUUCGGUGAGAUGGAACGUGAUUCCCUUUUGGCUCAUGGUGCUAGUUUCUGUUUGAAUGAUCGUCUCAUGAAAUCCUCUGAUUUCGCAAAGAUUAAAGUUUGUAAAUUAUGUGGUAGUACCCUCACAAUCUACUCUAAAAAAGAUUAUUCCAAUCAAACUGUUUCUGAAUGUAAAUCUUGUAAAUCCAGUGAUUCAAUCGCUACAAUUUCAAUUCCUUACGUUUUCACUUAUUUAGUUGCUGAACUUGCUGCUGUUAAUAUUACUAUGAAAUUACAAGUUAGUUAA